GUUCCAAAAGUUUUGGUUUUAUUUUAGCAGCUGUUUAAUCGCAAAGUAGGUAGCCUACCUACAUUUUUGUGUUUAAUUAAAUAAAUUAUUCUUAAUUUUUGAAUAGAAUUAAGGCAUGGAGUUACAAUUAAGUAUUUUCACUUUAAAUUGUUGGGGCAUCCCAGUGGUUUCCAAAAAUCGUAAAGAGAGAAUGGAAGCUAUAUCAAAAUAUUUAUUAUCAGGUGCUCAUAAUAUUGUGUGCCUGCAGGAAGUUUGGAGUGAAAAUGAUUACUUAUUUAUAAAAGAAAAUCUAAAGAAUGAACUUCCUUACUCACAUUACUUCUAUAGUGGUGUGCUUGGGUCUGGUCUAUGCAUGUUUUCAAAAUGGGAAAUCCAAGAUGUGUUCUUUCACCAGUGGCCGUUGAAUGGAUAUAUUCACAAGAUCCAUCAUGGGGACUGGUUUGGAGGGAAAGGUGUAGGGCUGUGCCGUAUCAAGUGUCAAGACAGACUUAUUAAUGUUUAUUGCACCCAUUUACAUGCAGAGUAUCACACAGAUGACAUUUAUUUAGCCCACCGAGUGCUCCAAGCGUAUUCCACUGCAGAGUUUGUGAAGUUGACGACAUAUCCAGCAGACGUUUCCAUACUGGCAGGUGACCUGAAUACAGGACCUGGAGAUUUGUCUUUUAGGAUGCUAACUCAGCUACCACAGCUUCUUGAUCCCUUCGACCUUAAAUGUGAAGAAAGCAACCCCACAGUCCGCAAGGCGACCGGGACAUGUGACAACGCCAACAACAGCUACUCGGACAAAAAGAUGGUGAAGACUGCUCCGGAAGGAAAGAGAAUCGAUCAUAUACUGUUCCACGUCAAUUCUAAUGUAGAGGCCAGCGUCGUCAACUUCGGGAACCCGUUGGAAGACCGCGUCCCGAACCAGCCGUUCUCGUACUCGGACCACAAUGCGGUCAUGUUGGAGCUCCGGCUGUCGCCCGCUAAGGCCAAGUGUCGCAGAGAGCCCAGCAAAGACGACGCCUUCGACAACACCGUCGCCGAAGCAAUCAAAGUCUGUCGCGAAGCCACAGACACCAUAUCGAAAUCAAAAAAGUUAUUCCUCACCUCUGGCGGCCUUCUGUUCAUGCUUCUACUAGGCACCGUCGGCUUUUGGCCGAACAACGUAUUCUGUGACGUCAUCAAGAUCAUUAUGACAGGCCUAUGUUUUUAUUACUUGGUGAUGGGCACUUUGUGGAAUAGAAUUGAAUUGAACAGUUUGAAAGCCGGGUUGCUUGCACUUGAGAAUUUCACGAAAACCAAAAUAUCUGACAUCAACUGAGAAUGACUUUUUUUUUUUCAAUACUAUGUAACCAUAAGUAUUAUUUAUAUGUAAGUAUUACAUGUUAACUUUUUAAAAGUCGUAUUGUGGCACAUUGCAGGACUAUUCAGUUUUUAUAUUUCACUGUACUUACAAACUAUGCUAUUACGAGUAUUUAUAAACACAUGUAUAUUAUAAGAAUAUUUUAUAGAUAAUAUAUCGUCUGUGAUAAGUAGGUAUAUCAAUUUCUUGCCAGUGACACCUAAUUUUAAUGUUCCUUAUAUAUAUAUAGUAUAUGUUAAAAUUAUUCUGCAAACAGAAUAGAUAAAACAAAUGAAUAUCCCUAAUAACCCAUUGUAUUUAAUUUAAAAUAUGUAAUACAGGUAAAUAUAAGUCUGUGGGUAAAUACAUUUUAUUUUAUUUCAUUUUAUUAUUUUUUCAUUAUCUGUUUGUAUUAUAAUAACAUAUCAGAACUAAGGGGCUAUAUAUUUUUAUAUAUUUAAAGUAUCAAUAAAUAUAAUCUUAGAUAAUCAAUUUUGCCCAUUCCGCUCAUCGAUUACGUACUACUUACUGUUAAGAUGAGAAGAAAAACGGCAGAGAUAAUAAUAAUAAAUAGCUUAAAUGGCACCCGCGUACCAUCGAGGUAUAUUUAUUUAAUUUAUGUCCAGUGUCCUUAUCUACACUUAUCUUACAUUCCAACUUUAUAAACUUUUAUUAUAUAAAACAUUUUCUAUGAUAUAGUACGAAAUUACCAUUAAAAUUCCCUUUAGAUCUAGGUCUAUAUAGGGUUCAUGCAGCAAUGCUCAGUUCCAUCCAUUCCAUUCCAUUGAAAAACCUGCUCACUAAAGUGUGAUUUUACAUACCUAUGUAAUUUAAGAUUGUGAUUAUUUAUAAAUCAAUAUAGUAAUAAAAUAUAAAACUUGUUUGCUCUUAUGACAUAAUAAUUUAAUAAAUGAAUUAAAUGACAAAAA